AUGAAAACAAUAUUACAAUUCGAUAACACGAAUCCGUUAACUGAUAUAGCUAGUUUAGUUCAACUACAUCAAAAUUCUACAAAUGAAACUGAUGGUAUCUUUCCAUCGAAUGGUGACUAUGAAUUUUAUCAAAAAUACGUUUUGAAUAAAACUAUUGAUUAUUAUUUAACAAAUGCAUCGUUAAAAGAUGAACUAAACAUGUGCUUCGGCAGCAAAAAUAUACAAAAAAUCUGUAAAUUAUGGUUAUUCAUUCAUGAUUUAUUGAAACAGUUACCAGGUAGUAAAAAACCAGUAACACUGUAUCGUGGUCAAUACCUUGCGACUCAGGAAAUACAAGAAAUAAGAAAUAAUACUGGAGGUUUCAUGCAAUAUUUCAAGUUUUUUUCAAUGUCAACGUCUAAUAUUCUUGCUAUUUGCCGUCGUGAAGAGGAUUAUUUGCAUUUACAUCCAGAAUCAGUACUAUUUCAGCUUAAGAUCAAUGAUAGUUAUACAAAUACAAGAUUUGGAUUGGUUACGCAAACCAAUGAGGAGAAAACAUUCUUAUUUGCACCUGGUAGUAUAUUUCGUAUUGAAUCCGUCGAAAAACUGAGCGAUCAUACUUGGUGUUGCAAACUAUGCCUUAGCAAUGCCGAUGAAAAUAAACUAACUAGCACGUUUCAACAUUACGAAAAAGAAAUUGGUACAGCAUUAACUUUUUUAUCAUUAGGCAUCUAUUUAAGUGAAAUAGGGCAAGUGGAUGAAGCAAUUACAUAUUUUCAAACUUUGCUUUCGGUAUCAAAAGAUCCCGAUAUUACUUCCGCUAUUUUGAAUAAUUUAGCAAUUAUCUCUACGUGUAAAGAUGAUCCAGCUGUUGCGCGAAGUCAAUUGGAGCAAGCUCUCAAAUUGCAAACAUCGGAUACUCAUACGACAUCCACUGUAACGUUGUUAUCUCCUAAAAAAACACUAGAUAUGAUGUUAGCACAGCCGAUCCCAAGCACUUUACCGAUCAUAAACUAUUAUAAUCUUGCCUGUAUCCAUCGAGAUCUAGAGCGUUUCGAUGAAGCACUGAAAGAAUGUGAAAAAGCGUUAAAGUCAACAAAAACCGAGAUCAAUUCUACUCAUACCGCUCUUGUUUACGGUGCAAUGGGAAGUGUUUAUUAUGCUCGAGAAGACCAUGGGAAUGCAUUAAAAUAUUUUAGAAUGGCUUUGGAUGUUGCAUUAAUUCAUCUUCCAAGUACAGAUCCACUUAUUUAUCAAUAUCUAAAUAACAUACGAAUAUUGAGUAACAAUAUUAAAUCAACACUUUCUUAA